GUGAAAUUAUUGUAUAAAAAAUUCGCUGAAUCAGAGCCGUAACUGGCAGCGUCAGUGAGGAGGCAAUCUUUUCUCCCAUAACUAUUCUCACAGGAUUCCUAUCAUUCAACACGAUGUGGUCUUUUUUGCUUCACAUUUUUCUAUCAGGCCUAAUCUUGCAAGCUACUAUUAGUCAACAAUUGUGGAGUUAUAAUUUUUUGGCAUAUUUAUAUUACUGGAUUAUUGAUUUAAAAACCCUUCAAACCGAUUUACAUUGGUGAGCAAUUGCAAAUUUUCGGCGUGCAAAAUUGAAUUCGCUCGCAUGCAUUUUUGCGGAGCGCUAGCGCCCUCAGGCGUCCACCUGCCAUGGAAUUCAGUCUGGAUCUAAGUAUAGAGUGAAUAUGGAUAAUAUUUAAUAUACACAUUUCUGCAUUUGGCGAUGGUAGUUCUAUAGACUGGUGAACACUACAAAUAACUUAGCCAAACCAAUAGACCUACCAAAAAUUCCCCAUUCUGCCAUUUGAUAAAUUCCCUUAUAGUUAUACCUAUUUGUGGACAAUCCUCACAAAAUUAGUCUAGAUUAAACUACCUAAUUCUAAUUUCUGAAUUCUAUGUAGAGCGUUUUACAUUAUUAUAGAAUGUCAGAAGAAUUACUUUCAUGGUGUCAAACAUUAGUUGAAAAACUUUUGAAGCAAAAAGAUGAUUUGCUACAAAACAGCAAGAAGGAAAAACCAAAAGAAUGUAAUUUACCACACUACAAAACAAUGCUUGAAGUUUAUAAAUCGAUAGAAGAAAAAGAACUAUUACUUCUUGAAAUCAAUCGGAGAAUUAAAGAAACAGAGAGAGAAAACGACAUUAAGCAAAUUAAAAAUUCUUUCUCAUCUUUUCGUUUAUGUGAAAGUGUUGCCGUUGAACGACAAACUUCAUAUAUCCGAGUAUGGCUUCAUCAAAUCUUAAUGCAUAAUAAGAACUUAAAAACUGAAACUGAACUGUCAGAAAAUGUAAUGUUUUAUGAUGUAGACUUUGUUGAAUCAAAUGGUAAAGAAAGUUUGACAUGGUCAACAAGGUAUAAAGGAAGGUGUUUGAGGGUUUGUAUAAAUGCGUCAUCCACAUGUCCUAUUACCGCCCUGGAAAGCUAUGAUUUUUCUGCAUCUUUUUAUGUUACUGGCUUAGUCGAUGAAGGGAAACGAAUGAUCACUUCUGCUGAAAAUGUUACAGAAUAUGUUAAAUUAUUGUGGAGUGGACUGCAAGAACUUAUUGAUAUUUUUUAGUUGCUGUUUUAUGUAAUCAUCUUGCAAUAUUAUUAUUAUUAAAUUGGUAUUAUUUAUAUUUGAAAAUAUGAGAUGUCAAAAAAUUUGGUAUGAGGAAUGAUGGCCUUAUAUUCAAUUGUAGAAUAUCAACUUUUUGUGGACAUGCAUUUUCAGUUUAUUACAGCAUAUACAAUCAUUUCUGAAGGGCAGUUUGUGAACUGGAAAUAUAUUAAAUGUCCUGUCUAAUCUGAAUUCUUGAACUAAAGAUUUUGGGUACUCCCAUAGGAUGUGUACCAGGCCAUAAUUUCAUUCUGAAUUUCCUUAUUUUAGUUCUAUUUGUUUGUGUUAGCCAAGUGAAUAUGCCCCCUGCCCAUCCCCAUAGGCUUCCGUCCC